GGACUUCAAAUGUGGUGUGGUAUAGCUCGAGAAAGCAAAGGAACCUCAUCGUGGCUGGGGUCAUCGCAGAUCCGACAUCAAAAUGAACACCAAAGGCACAGGCUUUUCACAGUAGACCGUCGCACGUGCGCCACCAUACCCAAUCGGAGGUACGUGUUGCGUUGGGGACCCCUGGAGAUGAUGAUAGCCCUCAUAGCAGACGGUGCCCUGAACGCUCCUUGGAGACCCCGAACACGUCAAUAUUGGCCAAGGUCUCGCAUGGCUCCGCCAUCAAAUAGUGGAAAAUGCAUGCGAUAAGUACUACCUUCGAUCGCUCGACACCGUCACCGACCUUUUCCUUUCCCCUUCCCUUUCCUUCAAAUAAUGGCCGGAAGAUCCACUUUAUCCCGCGUUUCCCUUAUCUUCGCCUGUGGAACGGCGCUGUUCUCUGAUGGAUAUGCUAAUAACAUCAUUGGAAGUGUGAACACGCUUCUGGGACGCAUCUAUGGCACUGCUGCGCUAACCUCCAAAAAUUACAGCAACACUCUAAGCAGUGUCGCUUUUGCUGGCACUGUAGUUGGUAUGCUCGCCUUUGGGUACAUUUCAGAUAAACUCGGUCGUAAAUUUGGAAUGAUGAGCGCCACAGCUAUCGUAGCAUUAUUCUCUGGUCUAUCUGCAGCCUCGUCAGGGGCUAAUCACAGCUUCGGUGGCAUGAUUGCGAUGCUUUGCGCGUGCCGCUUUCUACUUGGUAUCGGGAUCGGUGCGGAAUACCCUUGUGGAUCCGUCUCCGCAUCAGAACAGUCUGAAGAAGAGGGAAUAUCCAAAAAUGCUCAGCAUAGAUGGCUUGUUUUGGCUACUAACUCUAUGAUUGAUUUCGGUUUCGUUGUAGGCGCAUUCGUCCCUCUAGUUCUUUACUGGAUAUUUGGUGACAACCAUCUCCGUGCAGUAUGGCGCUUGUCUCUUGGGUUGGGUGUCGUUCCUGCGGUUCUUGUAUUUUUUUGGCGUCUCCGGAUGGAAGAACCUACUAGGUUUAAGAAAGACUCUAUGAAGAAUACUCGCAUUCCGUACCUUCUGGCCUUUAAACGCUAUUGGAAGGGCUUCCUGGGUAUCGCCCUUUCUUGGUUCAUCUAUGAUUUCAUCACCUAUCCGUUCGGUAUCUACUCUUCAACAAUCGUAGACAGCAUCACUGGAAACAGCACUUCGUUAACUGUAGUUUUUGGUUGGAGUGUUGUCAUCAACUUAUUCUAUAUUCCUGGAACCAUUUGCGGAGCUUUCGUCAUUGACUUCCUUGGUCCAAAGGCUACCAUGAUUACUGGCCUCCUUGCGCAAGCUGUCAUUGGGUUUAUCAUGAGUGGCUUGUAUGAUAAGUUGACGCAACACGUCGGUGCCUUUGCUGUAGUAUAUGGUAUCUUUUUGAGUUUCGGAGAGUUUGGUCCGGGUAACUGCCUCGGUGUACUGGCUGCCAAGACUGGUCCUACUGCUAUUCGAGGCCAAUAUUAUGGUAUAGCUGCCGCGACUGGAAAAAUUGGAGCAUUUAUCGGGACUUGGGUGUUCCCUAUCAUCAUCAAUGACUUUGGUGGCUCCACUUCCCAGAAAGGAAACACUGGCCCGUUCUGGAUUGCUAGCGGUCUUGCAAUCUUGAGCGCAUUGGUCACCUUUUUCCUCGUCAAACCUUUGUCUCACGACGGUAUGAUAGAAGAAGAUGAGAAGUUCCGUGAGUAUCUCGAGGCACACGGCUUCGAUACUUCAACUAUGGGUUUGCACGAAACUGAGACCACGUCAACGGCGAGCAUUGAAAAGUAUGACGAUACUGAGGAGAAGGUGGUUGCUGCGGCUUAGAAAGCUUGAACGAUUGCUUUGAUGUAUAAUGAACAAUCUGCUUUCUUGGAGUUGUGGCACCUUUGCCCCGGUGCUACUGUACGUUCUCGUUUGUUUGUUUGUGCGAGGUAGCUUGUUGUCUUAUUACUUCUGAUACCUUAAUACAAUAUACACUACACUCAUUGAUUGCUAUAUGUACUCCCAUGCAAUCGAAUCUAU